UGCAGUGGCUUGAAUUCAAAUUAAGCUUUACUACCUUGGAUAAUGGUCGGUACGCCACUCGAGCCCUCACUGCAGACAAAAAGGAUCCGAUGGGAAAGCCAUAUAUGCUACCCAGGGAUCCGGAGGGUGUCGGCGUGGUGGCGGGACAGAAACGUAAAUCCGACGUGGCCCCACGAGACUCGCCAUCUGGAAAAAUGGUUUCCUGAAUGUCGAAGAAGCAAGAUGCGGCUGCAAGGAGCCGAAUGCAGGAGGAGGCUGAGUCCGAGCGUCUGCGCGAAAUAUGGAAAGGCAAGGAUGAUAAGAACAAGGAGGACCCGCAACUACAGUGUGCGUGCUAUGCAAUGGAGGUGUUGUCUAGUACUGGGUUCAGAACGCACAGCAUCGGUGCCUUGAUUGGCGGUACUCACCUUCAGAUGCUCUACUAUGAUCGCUCCUCAAUCAUCGUAUCGCAAGAAAUCGACAUGGAUAAUGAUCCAGAUUCUUUCAUUGCUAUGCUGAUCGGAUUGCACGGGCUCACACUCGAAAAGAACGGCAUCCACAGUUUCAUUGUAGAUCCGUUCCUUAGCGACUACGCAGAGUACACAAAGGAGCAUCAGGAUGACACCGCGACGCUGUUCGAAGGGAGGAAGCUGACGCUGAAGAAGUCGGACGGUACUCCCGUGGUCUUGACGCUUGGAAAGAUCAUCUUCCGACAGCCUGGAGUUAUUGGUCGGGAUACAUGCGUCGUCGAGGCGACGGCUGAAGGUUACGAAGAGUGGAAGGGGAUGGAGACGAUCGUCAAAAUUAGCUGGCAAGCUAAAUCGCGUCCCUCGGAGAAGGAUUUCAUGAACGACGUGAAGAAUGCUGUGGAGACGAUGUCCAAAGACGGUGCACCACGUCAUUGGGUUGCCGACCAUCUUCCCAAUAUUCUAUUGUCCCAGGACUUCGAGAUGGCGGAAGAUUCGCCACAGGCGAGACUCAAGGAGUACUUUGACGCUGUCAGCUAUGCAGAUGGAGGUUCAUUUAAUUAUGAGGAGCGGGUGUGCCGUAUCAUGGUGGAGGAGAGGCUUUAUUCAAUUACGAGUCUCCGCGAGCCUCGCCAGUAUGCUCAAGGAAUAUUUGAUAUAUUACAAGUCCACAAAUGGGUAUAUGACCACGCGAAAAUCAUGCACCAGGAUAUCAGCAUGACGAACCUUAUGUGGCGGAAGAGAAACGGCGUCAUUUGCGGGAUCUUGAGCGACUUCGAUUUGUCUUCCUACCGCGAUCGUGAAAGUGCGUCGGCUCUACGUCGCACAGGAACGGGACCGUACUACGCAUGCGAUCUCCUUAAGGAAGAUCCGCCUGUCCAUAGCUAUCGACAUGACGUUGAGUCUAUCUUUAAUGGCCUUGUCCUUCUUUGCUGUCGCUAUGAGAUCCAAGCGACUCCAGCUCCAGAAGGCAAAGACCAGCUUGUGCAUGUACCGGCCCUUCCAUUUGAAAGCUGGUACGAUAUGUCAUACUCACAGCUUUACAUGCAGAAAUUUGGUUUCUUCAUUAUGGCCCAAGACCCUGACAAACUUCUCCCAAUUUCUAUCAGCUUCUCUGAUUUCAAACCCUGGCUCAGUAUGUGCUAUCAUCUGAUCAAGCAAGGCUUUUCCGCCAGAAACCGCUACCUCUGGCCUGUGCACAGCAGUCCAAAUGAUCUGCUUGCUCAAUCCAAAUCUCCCAGAAUAUCAGAAUCAGCAGCCACGGUCCCCAAAAAGUUCAACAACGCAACCCUAGGAGGUUUUGUUGACUAUUCGACAUUCUUUACGGUGAUGCGCACAUUUGCCGCCCAACCUCUAAUCAUCAAAUAUGAUCCAAAUGUGACGCAAGCACAGUCUCAGAUUUGACGCUGCGAGGGAUCUUGAAGAGAAGAUGUAGAAUUUUGGUUGCAACAAGCAG